UUUUAGAUCUAAAGCUAUCAUGGACCCCCACCACAGUGCCCAGGAUGUGAUAAGAUGUGACCUCUGUGAGACAGCUAUAGUACAGAUGUACUGUGAUUUUUGUCAUGUCAACCUUUGUAAACCCUGUAUUGGAGAACACAUUGCUGAUGAAUAUGACAAACAUAAAAUUGUUCCAUUCCAACAAAGAAAAUCAACCUUGAUCUAUCCAAAGUGUGCAACACAUCCAUCAAAAACCUGUGACUUACAUUGCAAGGAAUGUGAAAUCCCUGUUUGUUCUUUAUGCACAAUAUCUGAAAGUCAUAAGAGACACACAUUGUCAAACCUUUUUCAAACUUACAAGUCAAAGAGAGAAACCAUUGAAAAAGAUACUGGGAUAUUGGAAAACAUAAUUUCUCCAACAUAUGAAGAAAUUGCCACUGACACAGAGACCCAGACAGCAGGCUUAGACAGAGAAUAUGAGAAACUUACAACAGCAGUGACACAACAUGGAGAAGAAUGGCACAGAGAAAUUGACAACAUUGUCAACAAGAUGACAUCAGAAAUAACAGAGAUGAAAAACAAACACCUGGACAUUCUGAAGACACAUCUUGAUGAAAUCAAAAAGAUACAGUCUGAAAUUGAACAAACAUGGCUCAACCUGAAAAAAGUUGAAGAAUCAAAUGAAAUAUCCAUAGCCAUGGAAUUCAGCUCUAACAACAAAGAAUUUAGCAAACUUCCUGCUAAAGUUCAAGUAUCACUGCCAAUGUUUAGCCCAAAGACAAUAGAUAAAGAACAGCUUUACAUGUUAUUUGGGUCUUUGACACCAUUAUCUACCACAACAGGAGAAAAAGGCUACACACUGAAGAAACCAGAUAUAUCAGCCAGAAAACUGCUGGAAGAACCAGAACUCACUACUAUAAAUUCUGGUUAUGAAAACCUCCGCUCUGUUACCUGUUUCAGUGAAGAAGAAAUCUGGACAUGUGGACUGGACAGUGAUAUAAAAUGCUUCAACAUUCAAGGUUCACUUAUCAAGACAAUCAAAACAAAGUCAAGGAAAGCACCUUCUGAUAUAGCAUUGACAAGUGAUGGGGAUCUAGUGUACUCUGACCGGCAAAGAAGCACAGUGAACAAAGUGAAGAAUGUACAGACAGAGGAGGUGAUCAGACUACAGGGUUGGGUACCUCUCAAUCUCUGUGUCACCUCCCCUGGUGAUCUCCUGGUUACCAUGUACAGUGAUGAUAAAACAAAAUCCAAAGUUGUCCAUUACUCGAGCUCCACAGAAAAACAAACAAUCCAGUUUGAUAAUGAGGGUCAACCUCUGUAUUCAGGAAAUAGCGUCAUUAAGUACAUCAUUGAGAACAGAAACCUGGAUACCUGUGUGGCUGACUGUAAAGUUGGUGCUAUAGUAGUGGUUAACCAAGCUGGAAAACUCCUAUACAGAUACACUGGUCAUCCUUCUGCUACAAAGAACAAACCAUUUAAACCCCGUGGCAUCACAACAGACAGCCAGAGUCAGAUCCUGACAGCAGACCUUGACAACCACUGUAUCCACAUCCUAGACCAGGAUGGACAGUUCCUCUGUUAUAUAGAUAACUGUGACCUAGAGAAUCCUUUUGGUUUAUGUGUGGACAAAAAUGACAACUUGUUUGUCACUGAACCCAAAGGAAAUGUAAAAAAGAUCAAAUAUUUAUUGUAAUGUUACACCUCUUGA